AUCAUACUCACUUCCUCCUCAUAGACAUAGAGACAGACAGACCCAUAGAGAAGGUGACAUUUUGAAGACUUUUUGGAAACAUACAGGGGAACGGAUUCAAUAUUAAGGAGAAUCAAGAGAAGAGUAAGCAGAAUGAAGGGGACCAUACUCUUGGCUCAUCUGUUGGUGAUUUGGACCAUGACUGUACCUAUAGAUUCAGAGAAAGCUCAGCUGAAAAUAGACGUGGUCGAAUCCUCUGACAAGAUCACACUAACAUGUGCUAAUGGUGUGUUUUCUAAUAAUGAAAAGUCUCUAGAAUUGCAAUACAAGGACGAAAACACAGGGGAGUAUGUAUGCAACAUUACAGGAGUAAUGCACAACAUUUUUGUGAAAUUUCGGACCUGUGAUAACUGCAUCGAACUGGAUGUAGCUGCGGCUGUAGCGAUGGUUAUGGGAGAAUUGGUGGCCACUGUCCUUAUUGGAGUAGCUGUCUAUUGCAUUGCCUCACAGCCCAAAGCAACAAUGACCACCGGCAAGAAAACAUCUAGCAAAAUGGGGCUCAUCCAAAAUGAGGCGAGUGCAAACCUAGACCCCAUUGGCCACUAUCAGCCUCUGAAUAAAAGGCGCAUGGACAAAUCUGAAUACAGCACUCUGCCGGAAAGGAGAUAAAGAGAGAACUAAAAUGUAAAUAACAAGAAGCUCCGCCCACUCUUUACGCUCCGGUCGAAGAUCCGUUUCUGAUUGAAACGUGGUCAUUAAAGCGGUGAAUUGGGAGCUUUAACAGUGUGCAGGCCUUCUUGUUCUUCACUAGUAUUCUUUAUUAGCAUAGCACCUAUGUUUUUUAAAUCAUGACAAGUCCCUCAAUUGUCCAUUUGAUGUACAGUCAUUGACUGUUUGAUCAGUUGCUUUGUUGAGUUUGCUCUACUGCUUUGCAUGAACUAAGAUUUCCUUCUGGUACCAUUUAUUUGGCAUGAUGACUCAUAAGGUUAAUAUUACUGUAUAUGGACAUACAUGCAUUUUCCAUGUAUUUAUUUGUGUAUUAUUUUAGGCUGUUUUGUCAGUCCAUGUUGCUUUUAUAGUCCUAGCAGAUACUUUUUUUCAACAUGUGUACAGAUAAUGUUGUUUGACGAAUUUAGGGGUACAAUGGGGAGCUGAGGUUUGUUACUCACUCCAAAGCUCUCACUCAUCAAUGUACCCUCUAUAUGAGAGUGGGCUGGCAUACCCUAUCUCUUCAGAGACUAAGUCAUUGGUACGUCUUCAUUUAUAAGGCCAUACUGAGACCGCUCCCCUUUACCUGUAAAACACUGUCUAGCAGACAAAUGACAGCUAUCGGCUACCCUCACAGGACUCUGUCUUGUUGACUGUGCCCGUACAGAGCUGGGUAAAAAAGCAUUCCAGUUCUCUGGCCCUUCCAAUUGGAACGAGCUACAAAAGGACAUGAAAUUGCAGGAGCUUGUGUCCUUGAAUUAGUUUAAAGUUAGGGUCAAAUCUAUGGUGGAGAAUAAAGUGUG